CUUCAAAACCAAUUUCCAAUUUAUUGCAAUUCUCUCUUACAUAUUCUUUUGCAUGAACAAUGAAUAACUUCCACAAAGCACUUAUCUUCUUCUUUGGGUUUGUCUCCUUUGAUUUGUUUCAAGUUUCAAUUGCUUCUAUUGUUUCAACAGGUGAUUUCAAUGAGGAUUUUUUUGUAAUAUGGUCUCCCACCCAUGUAAACACAUCUUCUGAUGGAAAGACAAGAAGCUUGAAACUUGAUCAAGAAUCUGGGGCUGGUUUUGCUUCAAACCAAAUGUUUUUAUUUGGACAAAUUGACAUGGAAAUCAAACUAGUACCAGGACAUUCUGCUGGCUCAGUUUUGGCUUUUUAUCUGACAUCUGAUCAACCCAAUAGAGAUGAGAUAGAUUUGGAGUUUCUAGGAAAUGUCUCUGGUCAGCCAUAUAUUCUUCAAACUAAUAUUUUUGCUGAUGGAUUUGAUAAUAGAGAAGAAAGGAUUUAUCUUUGGUUUGAUCCCACAAAGGAUUUUCAUACUUAUUCUGUGUUGUGGAAUCUUCACCAGAUUGUGUUCAUGGUGGAUAGGAUUCCUAUAAGAGUGUAUAGAAACCAUGCAGACAAAGGAGUAGCAUUUCCAAGAUGGCAACCAAUGAGUCUAAAAGCAACACUUUGGAAUGGUGAUAGUUGGGCAACAAGAGGUGGCCAAGAUAAAAUUGACUGGAAAUAUGGACCUUUCAUAGCUUCAUUCAGAAAUUAUAAGAUUGAUGCUUGUGUUUGGAAAGGGAACCCAAGGUUUUGUAGAGCAUCAACCUCUACUAAUUGGUGGAACCAAUAUAACUUUAGUACUCUAACAUCUACACAAAGAAGUUGGUUCAAAUGGGUCAGGAAAUAUCACAUCAUUUAUGAUUAUUGUCAAGAUAAUGAGAGGUUCCAAAACAAUCUUCCUAGGGAAUGUUCUCUUCCAAAGUAUUGACCAUAAAGGAACAUGAUUAUUCUUUUUCAAAUAAGAUGUUACAAUUAUUCUCAAGUUUAAAGCCAAAAAAUUAUAAACUAACUUUGAUUUGCCAAUUCUCAUAUAGUUGUGCCCAAAUUAUGUUGAUGAUAUAUACAUAUGUCUCUUCUAAAUAGUUUGGUUGAUAAAUUAUUAAAUAUCGUAAGAGUAAAUAAAAUGUUCAAUUUCUGCUA